AUGGCUUCCAGCUGUGGGAUUUGCAAGAUCCGACUGCAGCCAAAGAGUUGGUGUCGAAGUAUGCCGCUUGGGCAGACGGUGUCUUGGGCCUUGGGACUCUGCAUGACUUUGUGGCUGUGCUCUUGUCAGGACAAGGCCGUCCUGCAAGCGCGGCUACUGCCUUUGCCGCUGCUGCCAGCGUCCGAACAGACGGAGCCCGGCGAAAGUUUCCUGGGUGUCAGCGCUGCCCCGCUCAUGGCGUACUUGCACAAGGGCUCACCGGCCCUGGUGCGGCUGUUCUCCUUGAGGAGCCACGACGACGUCCAUCUGCUUCGGCUCACAGAGCCUGCCAGGAGUCUGCAAGCUGGAAGGCGUUUCUUUGCAGUGGGCUUCGCAAAGCAGGUGGAACUUUACGAUGCGCUACAGUUCCAUGCCCUGUUUUCUGUCCAGUGCCACGGGGCGGCCGGUCCUACUUUUGCACUGAGCCACCGCUGGCUGGCUUACAACCUCCCGCCACAUGUGAUGGUGAGCACAGGUAGCAGCUAUGCAGGUCCUCAGCCAGGCCUUCCAGGGAAACCACGGCUCCCAGCGGUGGUCAAGGAUGGUCUCGAGUACUUGGGCCAAGUGGGCCAGCGCACUUUGGACCAGGUGCUUAUGCCGCCGACAACGGCCCCGGAGUCGGCGGCGUCGCAGGGCUCUGCAAGCUUGAGGAGUGGGAGCGUUGCCGUACGGGAUGUGGAGACGCAGACGGUGAUUUCACAGUUCGAGGACCACGCGGAGGCAGUCGAGUGCAUGGUGUGGGAUCCUUCCGGCCUGCAGCUGGUGACAUGCGCUGCGCUUGGGCAUCGCAUUCUCGUGCACCGUGCCGUCUUGGGAAAAGGGCACGCCCUUACCCUGGACUCUGGGAAGGACGGACCACAGCUGGGCAGCCUCACUUUCCAGCACGUGUUCACGCUCUCUCGUGGCCUCACCCCCGCAGUAAUAAGCAACGUCGCCAUAUCCGACGACAGCCAAUUUGUGGCUGUUUCCUCUGCCAAGGGAACAACCCACGUCUUCCGUCUGCCAUCCUUUCACUCACAUCGGCACCAACUCUUAGAGACGGGGGCCGUGGUCGUGCCCGGCAUGGCAGGCGUCGACACCGGUCCGGUGAACCUGAGUGUGUGCACGCGAGUGCGACUGGGCUCCGUCCUCCUACAAGAGGGCCUGAUGCCCCACAGCUCCUUCUUCCUGCCUCGGGUGGGCAGGGGCGUUUCCUCCGGCCCAACGUUUCCCUGGAUCUACGUCGCCACACGUGCCGGCUCGCUCACGGUGUACUCGCUGCAUCUGACACCGUCCUCUUUCGCCAACACUUCCACCGACCCAGGAGAGACCAGUGAUGGCCCUGGGUUGGAGGAGUGGUCAACGUGCCUACAGCGCGAAACCCGAAUCUGCCGACCCCUGCGCCACUUCAACGAGCGGCGCCUUUCUGCAAGGGAUGGCGAGACAACUUCGGCACGAUCGGGACCUCCCCGGAGCUCGGGCUCUGGGGCCGCUUCGGCCGCGUCCCCGCGCCAGCGCGGCAGCCCGAGGCAUGGUGGAGACUUGAGCCCGGCAGCAACCACAAGAUCCGAUGAAGGGGUCUCGAAAUGGCUUGCCUUCGCAGAGACAGCGACACACGUCUCCACCCAAGUUCCGCUGUGGCUUUGCCCCCAGCUGCGCGUCUUCGCCUAUCCUCCGGAUGUGAGUCGUGACCACUUGAAUGCAUCCCUACGAGCCGGGGCGAUGGUGCCAGGGCGCCGCGAGAUCGAAAUAAGCCGGUCCGAGCAUCCCAGCGAGACGGUGCUCUACCAUGGCCAAACUGCUUCUGGUGAUGAUCUCAGGCAGCUGUUCGGUGGAGCCUUGGGUGCGGCGGUUGGCGAAGACUCGUCCCACGUGCAAGAGGCCGUGGCGAGACCGCGACUGUCUCUUUCCGGAGGCUGGCCACCUGCCUUUGGUCCGACCGAUUCACCCGAAGAUGCAGAAGAUGAUUGGGUGAAGGCAUGA